UCUGUGUGGUGACUACUCCAUUGACCUUGCUACUUGUAAGUUCGAAUAGAUAUCUGUGAUAUACCACUUUGCUCGUUCAGCAGUCUGAGUCGCAGGCGCGCGCAAUAUCAUGGCCUCAGCACCGACUCGCAGUCCAAUCAACAUCGCUGUAGUAGGUAUUGGGCAGAUUGGACCCAGACAUGUCCAGAGCAUUCUCGGCUGUCGUGAUGCGACACUUCUCUGCGUCGUUGAUCCAGGUCCGAGCGCAGUCGACGUCGCCACAAGCUUGGGUACGAAGCUGUUCCCUUCUGUGGCCGCCAUGCUCGAGGAGUGCAGGCCGGACGGCGCGUACGUGUGCACGCCAAACAGCGUCCAUGCUGCCAACGCUGCGGAGCUACUGAAGGCCGGCAUCCAUGUCUUGGUUGAAAAACCAAUAGCUACCAUAGUAGCAGACGGAAAGAGGGUUGUAGAGCUCGCUCGCUCGUCUGAAAGGCACCUGUUAGUCGGCCAUCACCGGCGCUUUAACCCCUUUGUUGUCGCUGCGAAAGAUGCCUUGUCUAAAGGGGUAGUAGGAACAGUGAUUGCUGUAUCAGGUCUAUGGAUGACAGGCAAACCCGACUCCUACUAUCUGCCUCCCACCGAGUGGAGACGCAGAUCUGGCAUUGGCGGCCCAAUCCUGAUUAACCUUAUUCACGAGGUCGACAUCCUCAUGUAUCUACUAGGACCCAUUACCCGUGUAUACGCAGAGAUGACGCUUUCAUCCCGUGGGUACGAGGCUGAAGAAGGCGCUGCGGUAUUACUGCGCUUCACUUCUGGCGUUGUUGGCACAUUCCUGCUUUCGGACGCGACACCUUCGAAUCAUAACUUCGAGUCUGCCACUGGUGAGAACCCGAUCGUGCCGAGAGCCGGUAAAGAUAUUUACCGCAUCUUCGGCUCGGAAGGUACGCUUAGUGUUGGAGAUCAAGUCCUAACCAGGCAUGCUGAUGGUACCGCACGAAACUGGACGGAGCCAAUCCAUGAUGAAUCCAUUGGAGUUAUACGCACGAUCCCUUUUGAUGCGCAAGUCGCUCAUUUUGUAGAGGUUGUGAGAGGCACAGAGGAGCCGCGAUGCAGUGGAGAAGACGGUUUGCGUGCGUUAGUCGUCUGCGACGCUAUCAAGCGAGCAAUAGCAUCUGGGAAUGCAGUGGAUAUCUAA